UAAUUUAAAAAUGUCUGCUAGUAAGCUUCUGUGGAGUGUCAUCGGAGGGGGCAUAACUGCCGGUUGUUUGGCAAUAUCGGGGGCCGUCGAUUUUAGAAAGCGUGCCAACGCUUCGCUGUUAACGUAUCCUUCGAAUUCUAACGGUAAAUGGGAUUCGAAUUGGGAUAGGAGAGAACCAUCUAGUUUAGUCAACCCUCCAAAGAAUUUGAGUGCAGAAGAGGAAAAUAGAUAUAAUGAACGUUUAGAACAAGUGAGAUCGAGAGCGACUCGUCAUUUAUUUUUAAUACGACAUGGUCAGUAUGUUAAGGAGGGAAGCGGUGACUACGAUAGAGUACUCACCGAUCUAGGUAGAAAACAGGCUUUAAGAACUGCUCAACGUCUCAAAGACUUUGGAUUUUCCUACACUAAAAUCGUUCAGUCGUCGAUGACGAGAGCCAGAGAGACUGCAGAAAUCAUCUCCAAAUUAUUUCCCGAAGUCCCAUUGGAAGAAUGCGACUUAUUGAGAGAAGGGGCGCCGUUUCCUCCCGAACCGCCUUCGAAACACUGGAGACCGAAAAAUCACCAGUUCUUUGAAGACGGAGCACGAAUCGAAGCGGCCUUUAGGAAGUACUUUCACAGAGCUCCAGCCUCUCAGAGAGAAGACAGUUAUGAAAUUAUCGUAUGUCAUGCAAAUGUAAUUCGUUAUUUUAUAUGCAGAGCCCUGCAAGUACCGCCGGAAGCAUGGAAAAGAUUUAUGCUGUUCCAUGCAAGUAUAACGUCAAUAACAAUUAAACCGAAUGGUAGAGUAAUAGUGUUUGGAAUAGGUGACAGUGGUCAUAUACCUCCGAUGGAAUUAUCAGUUUCUUUUCAACAAGGACUUAAAUAAGAGUAUAAAUAAUGGAAUUUUCCUAUACUAGUUUAAUAAUUCGAUGACAAGACUUUGUCGAAAGAGUGUUUAGAUGGUGAUAUCACGGUUUGUUUUGAUGUGGCAUCAAAUAAAUGUUUGAGAGAAAUUUAAGAUUUUUAUGGUUGUAUGUAGAAUCAUUUAUAAACUGUCAGAAUCACCUUGAUGUAUUCCAGUCUGUUGGAUCUGGUCUUAAUAACAGGAAAAGUUAAUUACAAAUAUGUAAUUUGGAUUUAGCACAUCUGUUACUUUUUUAAAGAUAUAUUAAUAGAUACUAAUUUAAUUUAUAAAUGGGUACAUUCCAGUAUCAAUCAGUCUCGGCUAAAACUGCUGCACCAGUGAGAGGUUUAAUACGCUUUUGCUGGAAUGUCUGUCAACCUAACAAGACAGCGGAAGCAAACGGUGCUAUAGUGGCAUUUGAAGACUUUUGUCAAAAUAACUUUGGAUUAAUAAAGAUGAUAUUUAAAAUAGUAUUAA